AUGAGCUCUCGAGACUAUACAGAGGACGGCCAGGUGGCUGUCGAGUGUUCUAUCGAUAAAGAUGAAUUCCGCAGGCGGCCGUCUGUGUACCAGAUGCGCCGCCUGAAGACACGGUUUCAGAAUAACGACUGGACAGGGCCGCCCUUCGAGGCUACCUUUCUUGGCAUCGCCGCCAAAUUUCCCCCUUUCAAUGAGGCAACCGUCGCCUUCGCCAUCCGUGACAGCACAUACCUACUGGAUUUCACACAGAAGAAGUUUGAUACCAGCGAUUGGCUCCAGUUCCCCGACUCCGUAGUUGGAAAGGCAAGGGAGUAUCAGCAAGAGCAUGGCGAAAAGUUUAUCGGCGUAGCGCUAUCGACCGAGCUGGUUAAUCGAUGUCCCGAGCUCUGUUCUCGCCUCUGGGCCGAGCUUGAUAUACUUCCUAUUGUAUUGAGCAAGUCAGAAGAGAAAGUCAAUUGGGGGCUUUUCGACGAGAACUGGACGUAUGCUUCCCUGGACGACCAGGCUGAGUCGAUUGCGAGGAAGUGUGUAGGGUUUUUUGGCCCCAGCCAAGCUCCUAUUCCGCAAGUCGGUCUCCAAGGCCACGUGGAAGUAGACGCCAAGUUCCAUGUGAGACUAACGAGUCUCUCGGACUACGAGAACACUGUUGGGCGGCGGACGUGGUCUGCAAUCCACAAGUUUGCCAAUGACCUGAAAAAACGCAGAGUGAAGGUAGCCUUUUUCAGUGCAACUCCGCAGGGCGGCGGCGUUGCCCUCAUGCGCCAUGCCUUGAUCCGCUUCUCGAAUGCAUUGGGGACCAAUUUCAAGUGGUAUGUUCCGAAGCCCAGACCUGCCGUCUUUCGGAUAACCAAGGACAAUCACAAUAUUCUUCAAGGAGUAGCACCCCCCGGCACGCGAUUUACCGCGGAAGACAGAGAUGUCGUUCGCGAUUGGGUCCAAGAGAAUGCGGAGCGGUAUUGGUUCCGGAAAAAAGGCCCGCCGAUUCCCGAAUGGUUCGCGAAACAUGGCCCGCCCGCUGGAACGUGGUUCGGGGAAAAUGGCCCGCUGGUUCCCCCGUCCCAAGGCGGAGCCGACGUGAUUGUCAUUGACGACCCGCAGCUGCCUUUUUUAAUUCCUCUCAUCAAGGAGCGGACGCCGAACAGACCCGUCAUUUUCCGAAGUCAUAUCCAGAUCAGAAGCGAUCUCGUCGCCACGCCUGGCACUCCGCAGGCGGAGGCAUGGGGAUUCCUGUGGGAGGCUAUCAGACAAGCGGAUCUCUUUAUCAGCCAUCCCGUCCGUGCGUUUGUUCCAGAGAAUGUGCCUCUGGAAAAGGUUGGAUAUCAACCUGCAUCAACAGAUUGGCUAGACGGAUUGAACAAAGGCAUGAGCGAUUGGAAUAUCAGCUACUAUGGGCGUAUCUUCAACUCCAAAUGCCGAGAGCAGUAUAUGCCUACCAUUGCAGUUCCAAAAGAGGACUACAUUAUCCAGAUAUCUCGGUUCGACCCUUCCAAGGGGAUCUGCGACGUACUUGAAUCCUACAACGUGUUCUACAACCUACUCUCGGAGUCUCGCCCAGACUUGGACCCUCCGAAGCUAAUCAUCUGCGGCCAUGGGUCGGUAGAUGAUCCUGAUGGUUCCAUGGUCUAUGAUAUCGCCCUUGAGUACGUGGAGCAGCGUCUCGCACACAUCAAAUCACUUAUUUGCAUUAUGCGCAUCGGUCCCACUGACCAGAUGCUCAACGCACUUCUGUCCAAGGCGAAAAUCGCCCUGCAGCUCUCGACCCGCGAAGGAUUCGAGAUCAAGGUGUCUGAGGCUCUACACAAGGGGAAGCCCGUGAUUGCAACUCUAGCCGGUGGCAUCCCGCUACAGGUCCAGCACGGCCAGAACGGGUUCCUCGUUGAUAUCGGCGACACAAAGGCCGUGGCUAGACACCUGUUUGACCUCUGGACUGACGUAGAGCUGUAUGAUCGCAUGAGUGCGUAUGCGGCAAUGAGCGUCAGCGAUGAAGUGAGCACGGUAGGCAACGCCCUGUCAUGGCUGUAUCUGGGGGCCAAAAUGUCCGAGGGUAAGAGCAUCAGGCCAAACGAGCGCUGGAUCAAUGAUAUGGCGCGAGAGGAAGCGAAUGAACCAUACGACCCGCAGGAGAACAGACUCAAACGGGCGGUAUGUUAA